AUGCGGCAAAAUAAUGAACCAACUUUAGGGGCUUAUUUUUGGCCUAAAGCUAUCCAUAUUUUUUGUUGCCCUCAUCAGGUGAUAGCCACAAAUACAGGUGUGGACAACGUUACGCUGACGGGCUCCUGUACGGUGAGAGUCCUCAUUCGCAAUGUCAAUGAUCAUCCACCCGAGUUUCUUCCACCACAUAUCAUCAUCGGGCGGCUGCAACGUAAUCACUCCUGGCCGCAGGCUCUGGCGGUGAUCCAACUACCUGAGAACCUUCCCCACGACUCCGCCUUCAUGCAACUCAGCACCCUGGAUCGCGAUCAGCCCUCAACGCCAAGCGCGGACAAUAAUAGUAAUCAUAUGAUUAGACUGAAACAGUGUAGACCCUUCAAGUUGCACGGGCUGCCAAUGAGGAGUGAGGGCCGGCCAUCGGAGUUUGUCCAGGAGGCCACUGAAGGCCCCGAGCUCACAGCAUUUGCGGUGGACGAGACCUCUGGAAAGGUGACUACGGUGGCUCACCUGGAUCGGGAGAAAGUGGACUACUUUGAGUGCAUUCUGACCGCGGAGGAUAAUGACGACACCUAUCGCCUCACAUCAACGUAA